GGUAUAUAUAGAAAGGUCGUUAGGGGAGUUUUUUAUUUUAUUUUGUGGCGAGUUGUGUCCUGGCUAUGAACCCCAGGGAAUUCGAGAAGAAAGUAGUGAUUUCGGAGAGCAUGGAAGAGGAGCAAGGUAAGCAAAUAGUGGCAGUGCUUCGGAGAUUUCUGGCUGUGCAGCAACGUAGAGCCCUAGCUUAUGCCACCCUCAAAAGAGGUUUUGAAGAUUAUAUGGCUUCGGGAGUAGAAUCAACUUACCAACAGCUAUGCAGUGAGAUCACUGUUGAGUUUAAUGAUUGUUCAAAACAGGUCCUUGAAAUGGAGUCUCAGUUUCUAACUGCCCAUUGCUUCCGAGAGGAUCUGGCUCAACUUUUGAGAUCUGUCCAAAAUCUGGAAAAGACGAAGCUGCAACUGACUGCCACAAUACAAGUCUUGAAAAGAGCUGGCCGCCCCUCAGAACGUCUGGUGAGUCAUGAGAAUUGUAGAUUCAGUAAGCCAACUGGACAUGAAUGCGUGCACAUCCAGAAGAUAACCGAAGCUUCAGGCACUGAAGAAGCAGAAGCUGAUGCAGAAUUUGAUAAUGCUCUCAAGGAGGCUAUCAAAGGUGUUCAAGAUGCAGUAACGGCAAUAAAUGAACAUUUGCAAGAAGUUAGGUACGAGAUUGCAGCACUUGAAGAGUAAAGAUGUAGUUGAUCGACUCUGCCUUUUAAGUUCUUAAGCCACGGAAAGUCACCACAUAAAUUCCAGGGUGAUCAAGCCUCAAGGAUUAUUAUGUACAUUGUUCAUCAUAGUGUUUUUCAUUCAUGUAGAUGGAGGCAACAAACAUUAUUCUUGGUGGUGGUGGUCAUGACGAGGUGAUGUAUGUAUUGCAUUGAGAACUCUAGUUGACAAUUUAUCCUUGUGAAAUUUGAUUGUGAAUUGCAAUUUCCGAGCUGGCUUGCUCUGGAAUGGUAGAAGCUAAGUUCUAUCUCCAA